AUCAUACAUAUAUAUAUGUAUACGCAUAUUUUCGUUUUUUUAUUAUUCCAAUGUACUUAAUAUACGAACGAAGAGAAAAUAUUACUCGAGCGUAAUGUUGCUUGCGUUAUCUUGUUUUUACUUCGACGAUUGCUUUAUUUUAUUUUAACAUUUGAACGUUCGUGAAAGAAGAAGAAGAAGAAGAAGAAGAAAAAGAAGAAGAAGAAGAAGAAUAACAACAAGUAAGAGAGAAAGAGAAAGAGAGAGAGAGAGAGAAAGAAAGAUAGAUAGAUAAAUAGAUACAGAGGAAGGAAGUAAGGAAGAACAUAAGAAAAAUAUGAUAGUCAAUCUCGACAUGAGGAGGUGACUGAACGUACAAGACGGCGAAAAAGAGUUUUUCUCGUGUUGGCGUCUCUGUGUGUUCGCGCGCGUAGAGUGUUUUAGUUAGUUAGUUCGUCGUACGUUCUGCGUACCUAUACGUACGUACGUGUUUCUGGUACGUGUGUGUGUGUGUCUGUGUGUGUGGUGUGUAUGCGAUCGCGCGCGCCUGUGUUCUGUGUGUAGUUAACGGGGAGUAAAGGAGUGUGGAAAUAGAGAAUAGUGUGGAUCGAAGAAAAUAUUUUAAGAUGGCGGAAUUAUACGUUAUGAGAUUUUUCAUUCUCGUGUCCUUACACGUUAUACUUUCCGGUGGAAACGAGUUGAAGGACUAUUGUUCAAUGCACAAGUUCGAAAAUCUACCGAGUGGAUUGAGAUUUACGAAGGAAGUUGUUACGACCGAAUACGCUAACGUUGGAUCCUUCAAAUCUCUUCAUUGUUGUCUACGUGGCUACAGGAGCAUCGAAUGGUACAAGGAUAAUAGGGCUUAUCCUUGGCCAGGUGGUGAGAGCCACUUUAUCCUUUAUCCGGAGAGCGCGAAUCAAACGAUUUAUACGCAAGAGGUUAGAUCUUCGGAUGCUGGACGUUAUUCCUGUCAAGCUAGAAACGAUACGACGAUCUUGGAAGGUGACAUCACUCUGACCGUACUCGGAGAAGAGUCAGGUGGUUACACGGGAAAGCCAUUGCCCACUUACAGGCCGGCAUCGCAAUUGGUUCCUUUGGGUGGCUCAGCGAGACUCUUCUGCGAAGCUUAUCUCGGUAAAGUGGAACUUCCUGAUGCCAAAAACUCCGUGACCUGGUCAAAAAGCGACAGUAACGUAACAUUACCAAGCCAUGGUAGGAUAGCACAGCAUAGAGUAUCCAGAGAGAACGACCAAAUCGUCGGUUCCUAUCUUGAGAUAGAAGAUAUAACCUUGGAGGAUUAUGGGGAAUACAAGUGCGAGGUUAGCAAUGGUGUCGACGAAGAAAUCACUUUACCCGCUCACGUUUAUCGUCAAGAACCGCAAUUCACGUUGGAUCUUCAAAACGAUUCCUGGAGAAAACCUUUUCUACUGGCCGUUUUGGUUCUGGUAUUACUAUUCUCAGCUGUAGCCUUCUAUGCCCGUUGUUGGUUACCUCUGGUGGUUCUAUGCCGCGACAAAUUCGCCCGACUCGAGGAGAACGACGGAAAGGAAUGCGACGCGGUUGUGUGUUACCACGAGAAGGACUCUAGCUUGGCCAUUGGUAUCAUCGUACCGACUCUUGAGUCGAGGCAUCGAUAUAAAUGCACCACCUUGGAACUUUCCUGUCUCAGUCAGAACUGGAAUCUGGAAAUUGGACCGCAUGCUGGUACAGCUAGACGUGUAAUCGUAGUUCUGAGUCCGGCAUCAUUAAAUGACGUUUGGACGGAGGCAAGCGUAUUACCGAUAUUGAAACAGCUUGCUGGAUUAUCGACAACUACAAUAGCGGUUAUGCUGAAGGAUUUACCGAGUACAACUCAAAUGGGAAAACCAUCAUCUAGACGGGGUGAUAGAACCGACAGUGAUUACGUUCUAUUCGAUCGUUUGAAGAUACUUCGAUGGAACGAAUCAAGCACAAUCGAUAAAUCCUUAAAUCCACUUUCCUCAUCCUCAUUUUCAUUCUCAUCGACGAGUAUCCUAUCGUCGGCCGAUCGCCGUAAGUUUUGGUACAAGCUGAGACUGGCGAUGCCACCGAUGAGACCAAUCGGAAACGAGAGUACCUGCCAAUCGGUCGCUAUGAUCGUCCAAUCGAACGGCAAGUGCGGACAACAGAAGGCACGUUCGCGCGAAAGUCUCGAGGUUCUCGUUUAAUUUAAUCCACCCCUUAACCCUCAUAUUUUUUUAUUAUUUACCCCGCACACUAGCUCCUAUCCUCCCUCUCCCCAUUUUCCAAAUCCCCUAUUUCAUCUUUAAUACUUUUAUUAUUAUUAUUAUUAUUAUUA